AUGAGCACCAAGGACGAUGCACGCAGUAAACGCCCCAAAGAGUCUGUUACCGACGAAAACAUCAAAAAAGUCCAUAAAAUAAUUUUUCACUGUAAUGUGAAGUUGAUUGAGAUAGCUGAAACCCUAAAGAUAUCAAAGGAACAUGUUGGAGAUAUUGUGAAUGAGUAUUUGGGUAUGCGAAAGCUCUGUUCAAAGUGGGUGUCGCGCGAGCUCACAAUCGACCAAAAACAACAACGGAUUGAUGAUUCUGAGCAGUGUUUGGAGCUGUUCAAUCGUAAUAAACUUGAAUUUUUGGAUCGAUAUGUGACAAUGGAUGAGACAUGGCCCCAUUUUACACCGGACUCCAACCGACAGUCAACCGAGUGGACUGCACGUGAUAAACCGACUCCAAAGCGUGGAAAGUCAGCUGACAAGGUUAUGGUAUCAGUAUUUUGGGACGCCCACUGUAUAGUAUUCUUUGUCUAUCUUAAAAAGGGAAAAAUCAUAAACAGCGACUAUUACGUAGCGUUACUGGAGCGUUUGAAGGACGAAGUCGCGGAAAAACGGCCCCAUUUGAAGAAGAAGAAAAUGCUGUUUCAUCAGGACAAUGCACCGUCUCACAAAUCAAUGAAAACGAUGGAAAAAUUGCAUAAAUUGGGCUUGUCCUCCAGAUCUGGCCCCCAGCAACUUUUUUCUGUUCUCAGAACUCAAGAGAAUACUCACUGGACAGAAAUUUUGCGCCUAUUUUGA